ACAUGAGGCAUACAGGAACGUUUUCAAUUGUUUGUUAAAAGUUUCUAAAAAGUAACAUAUUCGGAUAUUAAUUGGCAGUUUGUUCCAAAUGCGCUAAUGGUAUCUAAGCCUAGAACAAUACUAUAUAAAUAGGAAUACACAGUAAAAUGUAUGAUAAUACCAGUUGGCUAACAAAACGGAAUCUAUUUAAAACUAAGAAUAAAUACUGAACUAACGUUUAUUAAAGAGUGCUGUGAUACAUUACUAACACAAGCAUGGACAAAAUUAUAUAAUCAUGAAUGAUCAUCGUGAAACUAUAAGGGUCUCUUUUGUGAACGUACGAAAGCCGUAUCAAUCAUAAAAUUUGUUCGAAAAUAAAUAGAGAGCAUAGUGACAGUGUUCUUUAAAUGAUUGGUCGCUUUUAUAGUGCGAUCACCGAUACCUUAGUAUAUAAGGUCCUUUCCCACCACGUCUUAAGUUAGAGUCUGAACUGACUUGCAGUGGGCAACUAUAUAAUUGUUUUUUAGUUAUUUUUAGAGUUUAUCAAGUCUUUUGUUAUUGGGCCGAAGAUUAUCGGGAUGAAUACGAUUAGCUCAUUCGAUUUUGAGAACGGCGAGCCGGGAAUUGUCAAUGAGCAGCCAUUGUUCGGUUCUCCGCAAAUUCCGGUGUCUAUUAGUAACCAGCUUUGUGGCCGAAAUUCGGUUGCCUGCUGUAAGGGCAAUAUUUUGACAGAGAAGGAUAAACGAAUACAGCUUGUUAAAAUGUUCUUGUUAUCUCUAAUUCCGAUUCUUUCACUUACAUUGCUAGCUGCUUUGGAUAUCGGCAACAUUGUUAACAAUAGCAGUAUUGAUGGGGAAGUGCGUAACGCAAUCAUAUUCAGCCGUGACAUUGGGGUGCUACUGAGUCGGCUGCAGAAAGAACGGGAUAUGUCGGCACUGUUCGCUAGCCCUAUCCGGCCCGAAGACAACGACUUUCUGACAGAAACGUACCCGCUUACUGAUACAGCUCUUGAAAAUCUUGAAAAGUGGCCCAUUAAGACAAGCGUACUCGAAGCUUUGCCGUUUUUCAACGAGAAACAAGAUCUGAAGCAGCACCUUGCGUGGCAUCGAGAGACUCUGUCAUCCACCAACACCACGAUCUACGAGGAAAUCUAUUUCUACACGGAACUCCUACAGAUCUUUAUAGACUGGCUAUACGAGAGCGUUGGAAACUCAAAAGGACAUGGCAUGUGGACCACUCUUGUUGCUUAUCAGCUGCUCGUAGUCAGCAAUGUUGAUACUGGCAUCGAGCGAACACUUGGCACUGUUUUCUUUGCUCAGGGCAUUUUCGAUAAACGCAGUGACUACGUGUGGUAUCUUGAUAAAUACAACGUUGGAACAUGGUAUUUCCAAGCAUCAAUGGGUUACUCAGAACGCAUUGCUCACCUCUACAAAGCUGAAAUUGAAAUAUUAGAUCAGAAUAUAACACAAACAGUCGACGAGUUACGAAAUAUUAUUUUGAAAAAUAAUAACAAUAAGACUGGAAAAACGAGUGGAAUUUCUGUAACACGUUGGUUUGAUAUAAUGACAAUUUAUAUCAACAUACGGGAAAAGGUGCAAAAAAACAUGGCUCAGGACAUUCUUGAUCGAUUGAACCACGAAAUAGACAAAGAUACUGAGUCGAUGGCUGUAAGCGUCUCUCUAGUAGUUGCAGUUACUAUUCUUUGUCCUUUGACGCUUAGAGCUAUUUCAAAGAUGACAACAGAUAUUCAGACCUAUGCAUUAACUUUGGCAGCCCAGACCAAGAAAUUGAACGAAGAAAAAGAGCGUUCCAAUUGGUUACUGUACUCCAUGCUUCCAAAAUCUGUUGCUGAGCAGCUGAUGUACAGGAAGGAUGUGAAAGCAGAGUACUUUGACUUGGUCACAGUUCUUUUUUCAGAUUUAGUGGGGUUCAACAAGUUAUGUUCAAUAAGUGCACCAUUACAAGUUGUUGAGAUGUUGAAUGGGCUGUACAUGAUGAUAGACACCAGAAUCGAAAGAUAUGACGUAUGCAAAGUGGAAACAAUAAAUGAAACAUACAUGCUGGCAUCAGGAUUACCUAAUCGGAAUGGCUUCAAACAUGCUAGUGAGAUAGCAACUGCUGCUAUCGAUAUCUUAUACCACAUCAAUACCCUCGCAGUACCUGCAUAUCCAAACAGGAAAUUCAGUAUAAGAAUUGGAAUACACACCGGUCCGGUUGUGGCAGGUGUAGUUGGUCUGAAAAUGCCGCGUUACGGUCUUUUCGGCGAUACCGUUAACAUUGCGUCACAUAUGCAAACAAAUGGAAUGGGUGAGUUAGUAGUAAUAGGAAAAUAG